GUGGAUGAUUAUCUCAACUGCAAAAGCAACGAAGCUUUUCUAUAUGAAAUCUGGAGCCAACGACAUAGAAUUAGUUCAGUCAAGUUGGUGAACGAAAAAAGAUGGGGACUCGAGCAGAGAAGCAAGAAUCAUCGAGGGUGGAAACUCUUAACGAUUGGCUUCCCAUUACAAAGUCCAGGAAUGCUAAGUGGUGGUACUCUGCCUUCCACAAUGUCACUGCCAUGGUUGGUGCUGGUGUUUUGGGUCUCCCUUAUGCCAUGUCUCAUCUUGGAUGGGGUCCUGGUGUUGCUGUCAUGGUACUGUCAUGGGUGAUCACUUUAUACACAUUAUGGCAAAUGGUGGAGAUGCAUGAGAUGGUUCCUGGAAAGAGAUUCGACAGGUAUCAUGAGUUGGGGCAGCAUGCUUUUGGUGAAAAGCUCGGACUGUGGAUAGUGGUGCCUCAGCAAUUGAUGGUGGAAGUUGGUGUCAACAUUGUGUAUAUGGUUACAGGUGGAAAAUCCUUGAAGAAGAUCUAUGACACCGCAAAUCCAAAUGGCAAAGACAUUAGAACAACUUACUUCAUCAUUAUGUUUGGAGCAAUUCACUUUGUUCUCUCUCAUCUCCCCAGUUUCAAUUCCAUUACUUUUAUCUCAUUUGCUGCUGCUGUGAUGUCUGUUGGCUAUUCUACAAUUGCUUGGGCAGCCUCUCUUCACAAAGGGGUUCAGCCAACUGUGAAUUACAAUCCCAGGUCCUCAACCAGUUCAGGGCAAGUGUUCGACUUCUUCACUGGUUUGGGUGAUGUAGCCUUUGCCUUUGCCGGGCACAAUGUGGUAUUGGAGAUUCAGGCAACAAUCCCAUCCUCCCCGGAGAAACCAUCCAAAAAACCAAUGUGGCUAGGGGUGAUUGUGGCCUAUCUUGUGGUUGCCUUUUGUUAUUUUCCAGUUGCCUUUGUUGGUUACAGUGUGUUUGGAAACAGCGUACAAGACAACGUUCUCAUUUCAUUAGAGAAACCCGCUUGGCUUAUUAUAGCUGCUAACGCGUUUGUUGUUAUUCAUGUCAUUGGAAGUUACCAAGUAAAGCUUCACCCUGUCUUUCCCAUUGUGAAUGAAUUGCAUCAGCAAGAUGUUAUCUGGUCUGUUCAUAACUUUCCCCUUUUUUUUCUCUUUGUUCAUCCAUUGCAGGUCUUUGCAAUGCCAGUUUUUGACAUGAUUGAAGCAUAUCUAGUAAAAAAUAUGCAUUUCAAGCCAAAUCUAAUGCUUCGAAUCAUUACAAGAACCUCAUACGUCGCCCUCACCAUGUUCAUCGGAAUGACAUUCCCUUUCUUUGGUGGACUGCUAAGUUUCUUUGGAGGAUUUGCCUUCGCUCCCACAACAUAUUAUCUCCCUUGCAUCAUAUGGCUUGCAAUCUACAAACCAAGAAGAUUCAGCUUGUCAUGGUACACUAACUGGAUAUGCAUUAUCAUUGGUUUCCUUUUGAUGAUUUUGGCUCCAAUAGGUGCAUUAAGGCAGCUCCUUAUUCAAUCCAAGAACUUCAAAUUCUACUCUUGAACAAACUUUCCUCCUUGAAAGAUAGUGGACUGCAUCAAUUUAAACCCUACUGAUCUGCUAUUUAACAUCUAUUCUUUUCCUUUUCCUUUUAUUUUAAUUUGUUUAAAGACAUAAGAGACCUUGUUUAAUGUAGUACUAGUACAUAAGUAAGUUACUUACCUGAUUAUUUUUAGAUAAAGUGGGUUUAGGAAACAUAAAAAUGUAUAAUAUCUUCCAAUUA